AUGUGGGCAAGUCGCAUCGUCUUGGCUCUCGUGGUCGGAGUGCAACAGGCUGUCGCCUUUGCAGUAUACGCGCACUUCAUGGUUUCAAAUACUAAAGACUACAACUCUGCGGAUUGGCUUAACGAGAUCGACCUUGCACAAAGGGCAGGCAUUGAUGGCUUUGCCUUAAAUAUCGCCAAGAAUGAAGACACAAACAAAAAGCUAGACGAGAUAUUCACGGCAGCAGCUUCGCGCAACUUCCAGCUAUUCUUCUCCUUCGACUACGCCGGGAAUGGUGCAUGGGACAAAGAGGCCGUCAAGAGUCUCAUCAAUCAGUACAAGGGGUGGAGCAACAACGGACAGAGCAUCUACGUCAAACACAACUCGAAACCGCUGGUGUCUACCUUUGAAGGGCCCUCCUCUGCUAAUGAUUGGCAUGAGAUCAAGACCCAGACGGGGUGUUUCUUUGUCCCUGACUGGUCCUCAGAGGGCGCGAAGAAGGCGACCGGUUUGGGCAAUGGGGUGGCAGAUGGGCUCUUCAGUUGGGCGGCAUGGCCCGCUGGGCCCAAUGACAUGAAUACAUAUGGAGAUGCCUCGUACAUGCAGUUCCUGAAGCAGGCCAACAGACCGAGUUACAUGAUGCCCGUGUCACCUUGGUUCUACACCAACCUGCCGGGCUUCCUCAAGAACUGGCUGUGGCGUGGCGACCGUCUCUGGUUCGAUCGCUGGGUCCAAGUCCUCUACCUGGCCCGCAUUCAAAAGGACUUCCCUCCCCCACUCUGGGCCCAGAUCAUCAGCUGGAAUGAUUUUGGCGAAGCCCAUUAUAUAGGUCCUAUCCUCAACAAAGCGACCUACGCUCUCAAUGCAGACGAGGGCAAGGCACCCUUCAACUAUGCCAACAACGUGCCCCAUGGUGGCUGGCGCCUGUUUCUUCCGUUUCUCAUCCAACUGGCCAAGACGGGGCAGGCCACUGUUGGAACUCAGGGUGUCCAGAUAUGGCAUCGCAACUCAGAGCUUGCCGCCUGCGGGUUUGCGGAGACAGUGGGCAAUACGGCAACGCAGAUGCAGUUGGAGUACUCGCCAACCCAGCUACUGGCUGAUAAGGUCUUUUACUCGGCUCUUUUAGAGAAAGAAGCCACCGUGACUGUCACUGUUGGCGGCGUUGCCAUCGGUGGAGGGUGGUCCGAUAAGCCAGGCGGAGGAGCUGGCAUCUACCACGGCAGCUCCAGUUUCAAGGGACGUACCGGCGAGGUCGUUGUCACCGUCGCAGGUAUUGCGACGGUCAAGGGAGUUGUACCCAUUGGCGGAUGUACAGCUGGUUCGCAAAACUUCAAUCCAUAUGUAAACAAUGCGAACGGGCCUGCCUCUAGCACCGUGGUGAAUAUCAAUAACCAAGUAUGCGUGGAUGGUUUUGGUGUUGGGGGAUUCGUUGCCAUUUGCAAAUAUGCUUGUACCAAAGGAUACUGUCCCGUCACAGCCUGCACCUGCACGAGGAUUGGACCGCAGCCCGCCCUGCCAACGCCACUCUUCAAGAACGGUUACCCAUCCAACGGAGAUCGAGACUUUGAGGGGCUUUGUAGCUUUGCGGUGAAUUAUGGAUACCUUGGAACUGAGCACCAAACCGCCAGCAUCGUGGUUUAUACAUCUACCGCCGGGGUCGGUCUUACCGUCAAGUUCGAUAGCAUGUGCAAAUUCAGUUGCAAGUACGGCUGGUGUCCCAUGCUUCUAUGCAGACCCACGUCUACCGGCGUCAUAAACUCCAACAUCCCCGGCACAGGUAUCGGAGGCGACCUCCGGGACGAUUUACCAUUGACCGAUCUUCUCCUCUGUCGCUUUACUAUGAUAUACGGCCAAGCCAAUGCAGAGGUUUGUUUCAAAGCGAAGACACCAACAACGACGAAACCACAAUUACCAAUUCCGACGAGCAUCCCGACAAGUGGCCCGACUCUCUAUGUGGAUCCUGAAAUCUACGGUCUGCCCGCUGGCGGUGUAUCUACGAUCCAGUGCUCAGUUCCUUGUACCAUUGUUUUGCCGGACACGACGUUACCAACCCCCACUACUAUCGCCAUCCCCCCAUACACGACAACCCUCGAAGUUGGAUGGUUCGAACCUAGUACCUACGAUAUAGGUGAUAAUAAAGUCACCAUCACUGUGUAUAAGAAGGCGAUCGAGACAACUACCAUCAAAAUCCCUCCCAUAACCACAACGGUGAUUGAAGUCUGGAAUGUGGUUAUUGACAGCGACGACGUCGGUAGAUCAUUUUAUCCCAAGUCCAGUUUAUACAUACCUCCGGUGACCAUCACGCACGUGCCAGACAGCAACCAAGUGACUAAGACUAUACCCCCAAGGACUCGCAUUGUCACUCCUCCACCCUACCCAUGGCCUGAGGUGUCGGAAGACAGGGAUGAGGAAGAUCAGCACGACGACACCAAGCAUCGUGUCAAAGAUAUCUCUCUCAUACACAAAGUUGGCCCCCAUAAGCCUGUAUGUAGAAUUGGCUGCGGUCAUCAUUGUUUGCUCUUCUGUGAUCGCCCUUGUUUAUUCAACUGCAAAAAGAGCGAUAAAAACUGGGACGAUCUUGAUCCAAUCGAUCCCGCCAGCCCGCCUCCUCUUCCCCCAGGAGGUCCACCAACAUCCAGUCCACCCCCGCCAGGCGUCACACCAGCCUCCUAUGAAGCCGACCCAAGAAUGGAAAAUGACCACAUUUACGAAUUCGACGCCAAAAAAUGGGGCGACGCUGGCUACGCUAUGAUGCAGAGCAUGAUCAACGAGGGCAUCUUCGGGAUGCCAGCUCCCUCACAGCCCGCACAGCCACCAGCCAGCAACUACUUCAUAACUAUCUCGCGCCGGGAAUGGCAAGUCGCCACUGAGUGGCGGUUUGUCUGGGACAUUCACAACACAGCUAUGAACUCGGCUGCUGACAUCUGCGACGGGAAAAGCGAGCACUCUGAGCCCUUUUAUCCUACGCCUGGCGGUUCAAAUAAUCCUGGCGAUAUCAAGGGGAUAAAGAUUGGAGCAACGCAGAGUUGCGAGUACAAAGCUAAUACUGUAAACAAUGAUGAUCCAGGCACAUUCAAUUGCCCGGGCUUCGCGAAGCCAGUGAGCUGUACUUGGUUGUCUCGGGAAAUGCCCUGUUCUGAUAGAACGUCUUAUGUGGCUCAGUGCCAGUACUACUCAAGCAAUCCGCUUAAACGACGCUGGUCCAACAUUAGAGGAUAA